GGUAUUCUUGAAAGAAAAAUAUUGGAUUCGUGGAAUAACACGGAACAAAUUCAUUAUGAAGACAGAGAGAUGGAGUGUUGUAAUUAUCUUAAUGUUUCCGCAGUGUCUGGCGGGAUCAUGCUAAAUCAUCCCUACGUUAUAGGUCGAUAUAAAAAGAUAGGUGUUUGCGGCGGAAGAUCAAUUUAUCAAAAUAUGAAUAAUUCCGAUAUAUUUAUCUACUAUGGCUGUGGCAGAUGGUUUAUCGGACUUGAGAUUGGUGUUUGUGGUGGCUGGAUUUUCAGUCCUAGUUUAUCUAUUUGUGUUCAUCAACCCUCGGUUUGGCAGUUUAUAGGAGACAAUGGACUUCUUACUGAUCUCAUAUUCAGGAUAAACGAUGAAUGUGGAUUUCAUCAACAAAAUUCAAGUUUGAAUGAAGAUGAUAUUGAUGAAAGUUUGAAGCGUCCUCUUCAAAACUAUGGAGACAGUUCAAAAUAUGAUCUCAGUAACACGUAUCAGACGUAUGAUCAGCUGACUCCAGAAUACAAUAAUCCCGCGGCAUUGCUUCCAAACACUCAAAACGAAGACGACAAUAAAGAGGACGGGAAAGAGUAUCUUGUUUACUACAGAAAAGAAAAUUAAUCUUAAA